AGCACAAAACGUAUCAAGGCUAUCCGCAGCCCCCUUCAAGUAUUUCUAUGCCAAUGCAGGUGACGAAAAUUGUUUCGAAACAUCGACCAAGGUAUAGACAAGCACGCAUUGUCUUUCCGUUGCUUCUUCCAGUGUUAUUUGGCAUCGCAUCACUACAUCCAAUCGCUACUGUGCUUACCCUUCUUUUAUGUUUGGUCGCAUGUUUUAAUGUCGUUAUUGUAGUCGCUCCACCCACUUGUCCUUUAGAAGAUACCUUCUUUUUCUACAGAUCGUCUGAUAGCUAUGACGGGUUUCUAAGUGAUACUAAUGUAAUCUACAAAUGUUCAGUUACUACUCUUUUGUUAUGGUAUUUCACAAUGCUUAUACCUGUAAAUUUGGAGAAUAAGCUGCUCUAUAGAGAAAUAAUAAUGUACAAUAUUCUCGUUGUGGUUUGCGUACAUCUUGUGCAAAUUAUACGAAAUAUACAUGCACGCAAUCUUAAUCAUACACUCCUAUCAAAUUCCCGAUAUCUUGGAAAUAAACCGGAGAAAAAUGGAAGUAAGCUCACUGUAUUUGGGUUAUGGAAACAUACUGUACGUAUAUUUCGUGAUACCAAUGUGAGUGAUGUUUACUUUUUUCCAUUGGCAUAGUUCAAAGGUCAUCAGUUAACUUUUUGAAAGUAGAAAUCGUAAAAUAACCAUUCUAUGUUCUAAGAGUAGCUGGUUAGAAAAUAUUAAAAGUUUCAAUGCAACGCACUAGUCUCUAUACAUGAGCGUAUAAGAAACGCAUAUUGAGAUGGUGGAGAAGAUUUGUAGCUCAGGUGGAUGAUUUUGAUGGAGUUUUGUUCUGAGCUGGAGAACAAAACUCCAUCAAAAAGAAACGCAUAUAUAAUAUCAUCUAUAUAUGUAUACAUAGAAAGUGACGAAACGCUUAGGAAAAUUAUAUGGGCCAAGUUGAAAAUCAAACCAUUUAGCAACUAUUUCACUUCUUCAAUUACAUUGCGGAACCAUUUACCAUUGAUUUACUUUGUAUAGUAUACACAUGUUCUUGCGCCGACAAGUAAAGUGAUCAGGUCAAAUUGAUUGGGGUUAGUCGUCACCUAAAAAUUAGAAUUUUCGAGCUUCACGGGAUCACUAAUUUAAUCUACAGAAGCUAUGUUAAACAACGUAGUCAGAAACCUCAGUUACUUGAUAUUAUGAUGGAAACACGCUGUUUCGCGUGACAGAUAUCUGACUAGUUGUUGAAUUCCAUGUUUAGAAUUUCUGAGUGGCGAUGCUGUCCACUAGGUUAUCACACCCUAAAUUUCCUAUUGUGAGAACCAAUACGGUGUGCAUUUUUUUUCACUCGAAUUUCGGAGAUUAUUGCAAAUGAUAUUCAUUUCUCCAGUUUGGAUGUCGAAUCAUAUGUUCAGACAUAAUCAUUUGUGAUAUCACUGAUUGUUACGUCAAUAACACUGCCGCUUUAACAUCAUUUCGAUAUACAAAUCGAUGAAUUGUUUAAAUGGCCCUCACUUCAUAACAGUUUUGUUAUCUGAUGUACUCACUCAUCCAUCAACCAUAUUAGAUAUAUUUGCAAAUCUACACCUCACUUGUAUUCCAUGCCUAUCAACCUAAAUAUGAAGUACUACCGCAUAACGUAAACUGGGGUUAUUCACAUCGUAGGUUAACCAAAGAACUGAAUAUUGUGGAGUGUGUAUGCAACAAUCAGAUAUUAGUCUUCGUAGUUACUUUCAAGUUGACCCAAAAGAAGUCAAAAAACCCAUUGUUAAUAAAGAAAUGAUACAAUUUGGCACAUUAUGCAGUUUAAACCGAAUCUGUUUAAUACUGACUCUUGAAACCCUUACACUUUGUGCACUGCAAAAAAUUAUGUGAAGAGUUGUGCAUUAAAUUUAUUUUAUGAAGUCCUUUUGUUUUUAUUGUUUAUAUAUCUCAAGAAACAAAAUUUCGAAGGAGAUUGGUAUUUUUCGUGGAUGAAUAUAUUUGUCAGCAAGUCUAAUCGAGCUUGGUCCAUCGUUUUACUGACUGUUUGUGUUACGCUUACUUUCUACUCUACUAAUUUAGCCCUCACAUCUGUGUGCACACCAAAAAUAUACUUCGAUUGGUUUUUACUUCCACAUGAUUGUACCUUCAUUUAUGAUGUUUAUAGCAGAGCCUGGGUAUUUGUUACAGGAUUAUUUUGGUUAAUGACAUCUGUUAUACCUAUAAGUUUUCUUUUUCAUGAACUUGCUGUCUAUAUACGGCGCCGUUCAAAAAACUGGUAGAACUUCUUAACUGUUUAUUUAAUUACCUUCUUAUGCUUUGCAUUAUUACCCAAAGUUUUGUAACUGAAGUUCUGUGAUAACAAAUUUUUUUCCAUAGUGAACACCACAAAAUUUCACAUAGUGGCCUAUGUAUAUAAUGAAUACGAUACAAAUGUGUUUUUUGUUUCACGUACGGCGGUUAAAAUUUUGGAAAUGCUUAGUAGUUGUUUAA